UCGCUUUUUGCUUUGCAAGAGAAAGAUUCGCUGUGUCGAGAAAGAAGUAGGUAUUAGUGUAGCAUAGCAAAUAUGGUGGCAACUGAAGCAUCACGUGAGGAGAAUGUUUACAUGGCCAACUUGGCCGAACAAGCUGAAAGAUAUGAAGAAAUGGUUGAAUUUAUGGAGAAAGUGGCAAAGACAGUGGAUGUUGAGGAGCUGACUGUGGAGGAAAGGAACCUCCUUUCCGUGGCUUACAAGAAUGUGAUUGGGGCUAGGAGGGCUUCUUGGAGAAUUAUCUCUUCUAUUGAGCAGAAGGAAGAGAGCCGUGGAAACGAAGAUCAUGUCACUAUUAUCAAGGAGUACAGGGGAAAGAUUGAGGCAGAACUCAGCAAGAUCUGUGAUGGGAUUCUGAACCUUCUUGAGUCACAUCUCAUUCCUUCUGCCUCAUCUGCAGAGUCCAAGGUGUUCUAUCUUAAGAUGAAGGGUGAUUACCACAGAUACUUGGCUGAGUUUAAGACGGGGUCUGAGAGGAAGGAGGAUGCUGAGAGCACUUUGUUGGCUUACAAGUCUGCUGAGAGCACUUUGCUGGAUCUACGCCACCGGUAUCUCCGUUUGCCGGAGGGAGCAGAGAGGCAUACCGAUUCCGGAGGAGGUCUAUAUCGGAUGUGUACGAGAAAGCAAAUGGAAUUGGACCCAGGAGCCCAACUCCUCCUGACGACAUGUGAGAUUUGAGUCACUUAUUUUUCUCAUCAACCAGCACAAGAACAAA